GUCCAUCUUUCAGUGGUCCAAACAGAUGGAAGUCAAAAGGGGAAGAAAAAAAAUGUGUUGCAUUACUUAUCGAACACUCCUCGUACUUAUACUUACAACUUGUUAAUAAUGGAAAUUAUUUUCUAUACACAGAUAAUAAAGCAAUCACUUGGAAAAUCAGCUCUGGUUUCGUUUCUCAGAUAAUAGGCAACGGACAUCUAGGAGUCGAUACCUAUUUCUUCUUAAGCGGACUUUUGGUGACUUAUUUUUACAUAAAGGAUAAAAUGGACAAGGAUCAAAUGCAACCACUCACUUACAGAGCAAAGAUAAAUGAAUUUUUCAUCCUUAUAACAAGAAGAUUUAUCCGGCUAACUCCGACUUAUAUGGCUGUAAUGGCGAUAUCGCAAAUAACAUGGACAUGGUUCGACAAGACUUCGCCAUUUUAUGUACAUGAAAGACCGCUCGAAAAUUGCUCGAAAUACUGGUGGAGGAAUCUUCUCUAUAUAAAUAAUCUAUUUGGUUUUAAAACAAUGUGCAUGAGUUGGAGUUGGUAUUUAUCAGCCGAUAUGCAAUUCUUUAUGAUCGCUGUGGCACUAUUAAUUUUGUCAACAAUAUACUUUUACAUGGCUGCGAUUAUAUUAGGUGCACUUUUAAUAAGUUCAAUUGCCUUUAGCGGUUAUCUUUCAUACAUUUACGAAUACGUCCCGACAAUAGAUGAACAAUUUAGGCUUAUAGAUGAUUUGUACUUUCCACCAUGGGUCAGAAUAAGUCCAUAUAUUGUCGGAAUGGUUACUGGUUAUGUUUUAACGCAAUUAAAAGGAAAAUUGGUUUUGAAACGGAGAACCGUGAUUUUAUGUUGGUGCCUUGGAAGUGCUUGCAACAUUGUCGUGUUAUUCGGCAUUUACAAGCGGCAUAUAUCUGUCCUACCUGCCGCUAUUUAUUUUGCACUGUAUAAAGGUGUUUGGGCCGUAGGCAUGGCAUGGAUCGUAAUAGCGUGUCUUACUGGGCAUGGUGGAAUUAUUCAUCGGUUUUUAUCUUUCAAAAGCUGGGCUCCUUUCAGCAGAUUAUCGUACUGUGCUUAUCUCUUAAAUCCUAUAAUUAUACACUCACUUAGCCGGCAGAGUGAAGUUCCCAUCCAUUUCAGUUUACUGUCCUUGGUAAGUAAGCGAAUCUAAAGUUCUAAAAAGAGCAACUUGUUAUUAUUACAACUUUCUUUUAUUUUCAGACUAUCUUAUUUAUAGGAUACUUUAUAAUUACUUAUUUUUGCUCUUAUUUAUUGUCAUUAAUAAU